CGUAAUGCUAUUGUCAAUAUGGAAGCCAGACCUAUUGACUCUGCUGUAGCUACACGUCGUUGUGUCAUCACUAGACUUACUGAGUUGACAAUGGACAGAUAUAGAGAAUUAUUAGAGCAAGCUGCUGGGGCUUUGCUUGUUCUAAUUCCAUCCAGUCUCAGUUCUAUGUCUGAAAACGAACUGCAGGUUGGUACAGCAAUUCAAGCGGAAAACUUCACCUAUAUGAACUGGUUGGAAUUGGAACCUCAGUUGCUGACAGAACAGACCAAUGUUCCCAUAUAUUUUGCAUAUGAAGAUGAUAACUUAUUAAAUAUUUAUAGUGAUAUACAGCAUGCUGUUAAUAGUGACCAGGCUGCCUCAGCAGCGGAAGCUUUACUGAGUGCUGUGUAUGCUAACGGAUUUCAAAUGGUAGUCAAUGGUCCACAAGCCAAAGCAGUCAAAGACAUGCCAGUCACUAGUAUACAGGGUAAAUUAUCAGGUCUUGGAAUUGAAGAUCAGUUGCCUUCAAUAGCAAUUGUAGCACAUUAUGAUGCCUUUGGUGUGGCUCCUCAUUUAUCAUUUGGAAGUGAUUCUAAUGGUAGUGGUGUAGUUGCACUCUUGGAGUUAGCGAGGUUGUUUUCUAAACUCUUCACAAGUUCCAGAACUCAUGCAAAAUACAACUUAUUGUUUCUUCUUUCGGGUGGUGGCAAGUUUAACUACCAGGGAACUAAAAAAUGGAUUGAAGACAAUGUGGAAACUGCUGAUUCCAGUCUCUUAUCAGAUGUAUCAUACGUGUUCUGUCUUGAUUCAAUUGGUGCAACUGAUAAUCUAUAUUUGCAUGUAUCAAAACCACCAAAGGAAGGCACAACAUCGUAUCAGUUAUUACAGGAGUUACAGUCGGUAUCUGACAUGCAUUAUCCAGAUGUUAAUUUCAGUUUGAUUCAUAAGAAAAUAAAUUUAGCUGAUGAUUUAUUAGCUUGGGAACAUGAACGUUUUAGUAUUAAAAGAUUGCCAGCUGGUACACUGUCACAUCUACAAAGUCAUAAAGAUCUGCAUAGAAACUCUAUAGUAGAUGAAAGGUCAUCUGUUGAUGUUGAUGUAUUGUGUCGUAAUAUCAAAAUAAUUGCAGAGUCAAUUGCAAGAUAUAUUUAUAGUAUUAAUAGUGUGAACCAAACUGACCCAAUACAUGUCUUUACUGAUGCAACGGCUGUGAAUAGAGAAUUUGUAGAAUCAUGGAUGGACUAUUUGUCAUCUUAUCCUAGAGCAGCACCUCUCAUGAAUAAAGAUCACCAUCUUCUGCACACACUAGAACACACUAUGAGUAGAUAUCUGAAAGAGGUAAAGCGAUUUAAUGUGAAAGCUGAUAAAAGGGAUCCAGAGUUUGUUUUCUACGAUGGCCUCAUGUUCACUAUGUAUGCUUACAAUGUUAAGCCAGCAGUAUUUGAUCUGUUCCUAGCCUUUGGUAUUGCUGCUUACCUGGGGUUAGUGUAUUUGGCAAUUCAGAACUUUUCAUUGCUGUAUGAGAAAUUGAAGACUAUUUCUGUGAGUGUUAAACUAAAGCCACAGUAAAAAAAGCCUGACUCAGGAAUGUAGACAUGUAUCUGUUUAAUAACUGUACUGUCUAGAUGAGUACUCCACUUGUAUUCUUAACAAAUUGACUGAAAACUAGGAUGGAUGUUUUACUUUUCCACUUUUUUCCAGGUUGUUCAUGACAAUCAAAUAGGAAUAGAUUAAUGAGGCACUUAUUGUCUAUUUCAAUUUUCUUAUUGAAUUUUCUAAUAAUGAAUUAAUUGACUGUAUCAUUAAUGCUGUAUUUGUUCUAUUAUAUGUACAGUCAAAACUGUGUUUAAUAGUGACAUUUGUAUAUAGACCACUUGCCUAUAGUGACCCCCAUUGGGCAGUCACUGUGUAAUUGUCGUGUAAAGGAGGACCUGUAUAUAAAAACCACCUGUCUAAUGUGACCAUAAAAUAAACCUGUGUAUAAAUACCAAAAUGGUGGCACAUGAUUGCAUGUGUAGUGUUUUACGCUACACUCUACACUGACAUUUUCACUUUAAUCAAGAUGAUCAUAUUUUUAUUAUUUCUCAGUUUUCAAAUAUCUGUUUAAAUAUUUUCCCCUUAAACUAAGAAAUUUCACAUUUUUAUUGACAAACAAUCAAACUCCAUAUAAAGACUACCUUUCUUAAAAUAGCUUUGGUGGUUGCUAUACAUAGGUUUGAAUGUACAUGCACUUAUGUACAUGACAGAUGUCUGCUCAAAAUAUUCUAAUAAUUCAAUAUACUAUAAAUGCAAUUUUUGGCCUAUGGUUGCUAUCAGAGGUGCUCUUUCAAUAUGAUAUAAACAAAUGUAAUGUUAUGCAAAUCAACCUUAUCAUUCUGUCUUUCUAUGGCUACUAUGUUCCAAAUUGUGUCAAUACUUCACCCUCCAUGCAUGGUUUGGUAAAACUACCAUAUGUCCAGUUUCUUCCAGUUUAGUGUUUAUUCUGAUCCUUUUUAAUGUGCUAUGAAUGUGCAAUGUCCUCAGAAUCUAGAUACAUAAUUGUACUGAUGUUUUACUGCUCUUAUUUAUAUUGUGCAUGAAUUGUGUCUGUAGACAGUGAAUAGUAGCAUUGUGUGAGUGAUUGUAAUGUUUGGAAGGAGUUACUAAUUUGAAGAACACUGCCAAUUACACAAGUUGCUGGAAGAGCAGUUCAAAACAACUGCAUAUCAUGAUGUUGUUGUAAUUUCAAUAAAUAUAAUAUAUUAAACUAGUUGAAUAUUUGAACUUCUUUCCAUACUGGUUGUGGUAUCAGUGGAUUACAUCUAUUAAAUGAAUUAGUCAAUUAUCUUGAGGGGCCUUGGCAAUAUUAGUUCACUGCUGGCUUAGCCACAUAUUACAGUAGAUUCAAAUGUUUUUAAAAACAACCUAAUUAAUUGUAAUUUCCUCUCUUGUUAAUGUACUGUAGUGAAUUGCUGCUACUGUAUAUUGUUUAUACAACAACAUUGCCAUGUACAUCUUAAGAUCAUUCCAUGGUUAGAACAAAUCAAAAUCAAACUAGGAGACAUCAAACUAGUGCUGAGAGCAUUUCAUAUUCCAUAUAUUUAUUACAAUAAAAUGUAUGUAUUGACUCUGUCUUGUAUGUCCAGACAGUUGCACAGGUGUGUUUCAUACUUCCAUUUUCAAAGAAGCUCAUUAUUAUUGCCAGAGUUUAUGAAAAUGUCGGGCGGUCAUCAUCAAAAAGGUUUGUAUUAUACAGGUCAUCAAUAAACUGAACAGCUCAUCCUCGUAAAAAUAGUCUGAUCUAACCAGUUCUAAUUCUGAUACAUAAACAGCAAACCAGUCUGCAAGUUGCACUGACAGUGUUCCUGUUUCGGUCUACAAAAAACAUGUCUGUGACAAUAAUCUAUUUGGUACAAAAUUAUAAAAAUAUGCAAUAUUUAGCGCCUACAUUUUGUCUAGAACAAGUAUGGCUUUUAAAGGGUUAUUGAAGUUGUAUUGUUAGCAAAACUAGGUUGAAAGCCCCUUUCAAUAUGAAAUACUGAUAACUUUGCCAAAAAUCAAAUCUGUUAUGGCAUUUUGGUGAUUUUAUGAUUCCUUGAAAUUUAAUCACAUCGGAGACUACAUAACACGUCAGUGAUGUUCAGCUAUUGCCAAGGCAGACGUCUUGUACUACUGUAGCUGCCAUUAAUAGUGCAGUAUACACAUUAUCAAGGGCUACAAACAAACUGUUGUCGACAAUACAACUUUAAUAUAAUACUGGAUGCAGUGAGGAACAACAACCAUUAUGGCUGGGCCAUUGGUUCUGGUGAGGUAACUUGUCUGUAUUGCACAGGAGCCCAGUAAACAAAAUAAUGACAAGCAUAUAUAAUGGUUCUACAGUAAACUGUAUAUCCAAAGGACCAACACUGAACUACAUGCGAUAACAUGGCAACUUGUUACUGGCUACUUGUUUUCGUCCUAACAUUUUAUCAGAUUAAUUUCUUGGUUGUCAUGGCAAUUCCUUUUAUACUGAAUAUUUUAUCUUUCAGGGUUGUAUAAGACGUGUAUUCAUAGUCUUUUUGUAUUUCUUUACUACAAUAAAUUAACAGUUUUGAAUAUA